AUGCUGCACGGCCCGGCCCACUCCGCUUCGCCGGCGACAGCCGCCGCCGCCGCCGUGCAGCCGCUGGUGGUGGCGCUCAACUGCCUCGAGGACCCGUCGCUGGAGCAGGAGGCCCUGUCGGGCGCCGCGGCCGUGGAGCACGCGCGCCGCUCUCUCGGCGCUUCUGCUGCGAAGCGCGUCGAGCCGCCGCCGCCGUGCUUUGCUCCGUCGCUCGCCUUCCUCCCGCGCGCCCGCGCGCGCGAGGCUCCGGCCGUGGCAGCUGCUGCCGCUCGCCUCGCUCGCCCGACCCAGCGCCCAGCGACGCCGCCGCCGCCGCCGCCGAGCUCGGCCUCCGCCUCGCGUCCACGCCGACGCCAACCGCGCCGAGGAGGAGGUCGCCGACACCGUCAUGGCGCUCUUCCUGGGCCUCCUCCGCCGCACCCACCUGCUGUCCCGCCACGCCUCCUCGUCGUCCCCGACCGCCGGGUUACUGGGAAAGUAAAGCGUCCUUCUAUUGUAUUUCCUUCUGCUGCAAGAAGAAUGGAUACUCUCAAUGAUUUGUUAGCAGCAAGUGAUCUUGUUUCGCUUCAUUGUGCAUUGACAAAUGAUACAACACAUAUACUUAAUGCUGAGCGCCUUCAGCACAUAAAACCUGGAGUGUUCAUAGUCAACACUGGUAGCUGUCAGCUCAUAGAUGAUUGUGCACUCAAACAACUCUUGAUUGAUGGCACUAUAGCUGGAUGUGCAUUAGAUGGCGCUGAAGGCCCCCAGUGGAUGGAAGCAUGGGUGCAUGAGAUGCCAAAUGUAUUAAUUCUUCCUCGAAGUGCAGACUACAGUGAGGAAGUGUGGAUGGAGAUUAGAGAGAAAGCAAUCUCAAUAUUGCAGUCCUUUCUCUAUGAUGGUGUUGUUCCAAACAAUGUUAUUUCUGAUGAGGAUGAAGAGAUAAGUGAAGUGGGAUGUGACGAUGAUCAACUUGGUAAACAAGAAAAAGAACAUGCUUUACAGAUUUGUGAUGGUGAACAGCAAACAGAAGAAAGCCAAUUAACUGCAGAAUAUGACAAGAGAAGAGCCAUUUCGCAACCUGAAGAGCCUCAAGCUUCUGCACAAUCUCAUAGUAUUGGCUCCAGAUCUGAAGGGAGGCGCAGCCAAUCUGGAAAGAAAGGGAAAAAGAGACCUGCUCGCCGCAGAUCACAACAGAAAAUGGAUGAAUUGUCAACUGUAGAAGGUGGAAGUAACUAUUCUUCACGCAGAGACGAUGAUAACCAAGUGUUAAGUUCUAGUUCACGAUUUGCAUCGCCUGAGGACUCCAAAAAUAAACAUAAGUCUUCUGUUGAAUCUCCAAUGGAGAUAAUUUCUGAAAAUAAGUUGCCUGCAGGGCUUGGUAGAAAGCCUCCUGAGAAGCUAAAAGAAGGUUUUGUUAUUGCUCUAAAGACAAGAGAUACUUCAGGUUUUUAUGUUUCAAGAGAGAGGGUCGCUGGUGGUGGAUGGUAUCUUGAUGUGAUACCAAAUGCUACAAAGAGGGAUCCUGCUGCUCAGUUUCUAGUCACUUUCAGAAACAAGGACACUAUGGGACUGCGAUCUUUUGUUGCUGGAGGCAAACUAUUACAGGCUAAUAAUAAGAUGGAGUUCGCCUUCACAAGUCAUUCUUUUGAUGUUUGUGAGAGCUGGAUGCUAGAAGGGUCCCUUUCAGAAUGCUGCAAACUGGUUAAUCGCAAAAAUUCUUUGGCCGUACUUGAAGUCUAUAUUGAGGUCCUUGGAGCUCCGAGUGAAGAUGGUGUCGUUCGGUGGCUUGAUUAA